UCGAGAGGGGCGAUCUCGCGAGAACGUUCAACCAAAUUCAACCUUUCCGUGCAUUUUUCGUUAGCUUUAACCUCAGCCACUGUGUGUGGUUGUGGCAAAAGGUCCUAGAAUGUAGGAAAAGGAAAAUGUACCCUAAGGGUUGGUGUCCUGGUGAGGUAGUGUUACAGACUGUCACAGCACUCAUACUUUGGUGUCAGUCUGUCGGAAUCCCUGGGGGGGCUGAGGCCGUGGUAGCCUACAGCACCCAGCACGAUAAUGCCGAAAUCCAAGAUCCUCAAGCUGGAAAGAAACUCAAACUUUUCCCGGAGUUGUGGAAGGAGAUAUUUCUGUGGGGAUUCUUCUCUAUGCUGUUCAUUCACAUUGUGGCCAGUAUCAUUGCAUUUUUGAUGCUUAGGAAACAUAAAUAUGGAAGGUUUUCAGCAGCUUGUAUAUUGCUAAUUGGUAUGUGCACCACUUUUGCAAUGUGUGCAGCUACAAGUGCAGCUCUGGGAUUUGUUCUCUAUCAAGCCAAGAUUAGUCUGCAGCCCAUUGAAGCCAUGAUAUGUGGGAUAACGCAGACCGCUUUGUUUAUAUUCUUUGCCUUUUCUCGGUUCAUGCCAACUCUCUAGUCAUGUUUGCACAGACAAAAGCAUCAGCUCAGUGUCUGUGCUGUGUAAAUAUAUAUGCAUGUGUAUAAAGUUGUUUUGAAGAUGCUGCUGCAGUCCAGUGCAUUGUCCAGCAGAUAAUUCCCAGUCACUCCCUCGCUCCUCGAAGGUUUCAAACCAGCACCAGGAACUUGCCAUAAGAUGCUCUAGGUCAGCCAACAGUCUCUCUGUAUGUGAAUAAAACAACUGGAAACCACUUGAUUAAACAUUCUCUGGUUUCAUGGCGUCCAGGCCGAAAAAUUUCCCCGGGGGAGUGAUUCCCAUGGAACGUGUAUUGAGGUGAUGAGUUACUGUUAUCUCUAUUUCAUUUGCCCAGUUUAUAUAUAUAUAUUUUGUCUUUUUCAGGAUAUUUUGUUCCUUAUAGUUCUUUUUUUUUUUUUGAGAGGGAAAAGUUACAAAACUUGUAAUGCAAAGGAUUGUCAUAAAAAAAAUGCAGUUACAAAAAGAGUUACAAUUUUUUUGGUUUGACUUAACUCUUAAUUUCUAAAUCUGAUUUUUGAUGUGGAAAGAGUAUGAUUAUUUCAUUGAUUUAUUCUUCACAUUCAUUGACUUUUAGAGGACUGUAAGUGGCAGUUGAAUGAGAUGGAAGAUUUAGUUUGACAGCUCUCUACCCCUUUUUUUAGGAUUUGUAUCAUGAUAACUUGAUUAUGAUUAAAGCAGCUUCUCAUUCCUUUAGAAAAUUAUGAGGACUGGAUUUGGUAAAAAGAUAGUAUUCAUUACAUUCCAAGGAUGACCAUGUAUUUCUUCUUUCUUUUUGAUCAUUGUUUGACUAACGGUUUGUGAGUGAAAUUAAAAGGUUAGUACAAGAUGUGGUGGAGCAUCCACAUUAUUUUUAUUUAUUCAGUCUCUACAAGUUCAUGCUAACUGUUGUUUUCAUUAAAGCAAAUUAAACUUAUUGUAAUGGACCAUAUAACAUAGGAAUAACUAGGUAAUAUGAAGCUUUAAUAAUAUUAAUAACAUAGGUGAUUGACGGUAUUAACUACAUAAAUGGUAUGUAAGAAUACAUUUGAACUAGAUUUCGUUAUUACAUUUAAAUGUGUUGAAGGUCCCCUAAGAUUGAAAGGUUUGCCAUAUUUUUACAAUUUUAGCUGGUCACAAAGGGAAGGUAUACUUGAAAUAUGCCUUUCCUUAAUUUAAUUGAUUGAAUCCGGAUAAUUGUUCAUCAUUGUAGUUGAAAUAAUCAUAUGACCUCCAUGGAAUUUAAAAUCGUUAUCCUUAUCGACGACAUGGAACCACUUAGAAAGUUUGACUCUAGGCCCUAUUGUUUAUUUUUGACUUGCUGUUUGAUAUUGUUUUGCAAAUUUAACAUGAAGAUACAAAUGUAGCAAGAGAAUUCACCGUUCAGUUCUGUAAAUUGGUGCUUCAUGAACUUUGCAAGUUUUGUUUGUCUGAUUAAAAAGAAAAAGAGAGAAAGCAUGUAAAGAAACAUAGCACUAGUAUUUCUUUGAAUGUACAAGCUAAACUAAUCACAGGUUUAAGUGCUAUCAAGAUAAGAUAUAUAGUUGGUGCAAUCUGUCUUGCAACAUUGACAUAGGGGACCAAAGGAUGUGACCCUCACAGCCAUACAUGCUAAUUUGCUUUUUCUUGUAUUGCAAGCACCCAUUCAGAUUUAAAGUUGGUACUUAUGCAUCACAGACCAUCAUCAUUACACUUCAUGGAGGCCUUGGCAGGCAGUUUAAGUACAAUUGUUAUUGAGCUGUAAGAUUUGGGUACUGAGUGACAAGUUAGGGGAGCUGUACCAGAUUCCAGUGUUUGGGGUCAGACUACCUCAUGCAGUAUGAGAUGUAA